UUUACUUUUUGAGGAGUGGUAUUAAACUAAGAAAAGAUGGAGAAAGGCAGAGCGUUCAACUUCAAAUUAGUGCUUCCCACGGUGAAUACUGGACAGGUAUCUGCUGUUCGACCUCAGGAAAAUGCUGAGAGAUCCGAUGACGUCAAUACAGUACAACAGGGUUACAGUAAAUACUUCAACAAAGAACCAAGUACAACUUUCCCCAACACAAGCAUGGUUGCACCGUCUAAACCAGUCAAACAAGAUUUUCUCAAGAUGAAAGUUGUGCCACCAAUGGAAAAAGAUGAGAUUACCUGCAAUCCAACACAGCUUUACUGCAAGCUGUUUGAUGAAGUUGAGAAAAUCAGGUCUUGGAAAGUCAAGGUUGAUUCUGAUACUGAGCAAAAAGAACGGAAACUGCUUGACAACAAAAGAACAAUUGAAAAUCAGCGCAAAGCCAUUCAGGAAUUGCAGUUUGGAAAUGAAAGUCUCAGUGCAAAGUUGGAAGAGCAGAUCCAUGAAAAUGAGGAUUUGAGAAACCAAAUCAAUGCAAUACGGAACUUGGGUAAUAUAUUAAAAGACACCUUUGAGCGUUCAGCUGAGAAAAUGCAGUUGUUUGAGUCUGAAAGAGAGGAAACACAUCAACUGUUUAUGGAAAACAGUGAGACAAUUCAGAAAAUGAUUGCAGCAUUUGAGGGUCUUCGUCAUCAAGCUGACGCUGAUCAACAUGAGAUCCACAAAGUCAAACAGGCUUUGUUGCAGUUUAAAGAUGUCAAAGAGAAAUACUGUCAACAAUAUGGUGAAAAAGAAGAAGAGGUUGCCAUACUUCAAAAAAUAUUGAAGGACAAGGAAAGUGAGCUCCAAAAAAUCUUACUUGACCUUAAUGAAGCACAAGAACACUGCAAAAAGCUACAAGAGACAACAGAAGAACAGCACGAAGUUCUUAAAAACUCAAAAAGUGAACAGGAGGUGCUUCAUCAGAAAUGGCAGACUGCAGAGCAGCGCUGUAAAGAAGCUGAGAUCAAUCUGACAGCAGCAGUACAACAAAGUAAGGAAGAAUGUGCACAGAUCAUCCAAAGCAAAGACGUGAGCUUGCAGGAGCUCAGCAGAAUUAAGAAUCAACAAGAAGAAAAACUGGAGCAGAUUAAGAGAACCAUUCAGGAACUACAAAGCUCUUUAACCUCAGAGAAACAGAAGGCUGAUGAACUUGAAAAUAGACUAAUGGCAAAAGACAAAGAACUGGAAAAGAAAAGCAUCAUUUUAGAGAAGGCCAUGGAGCAGAGUACAAAGAAAGAUGGCCAAAUCAAAAUCCUCAAAAAUGAACUGAACAUCAAAUCAAAAUCCAUCGAGUCCACAAUGGCUCUGAUUGGUGUUACUGAGGAUCGAGUGUCAGAACUCACAGCUGAGCUUUUGAGGAAAACCGAAGAAGCACAUGUGCUCAAGAAUGAAGCUGAAGUGGCAGUUGCUGAAAAUAACCACCUGAAGAAUGCUUUCAGCGUAUCUCAAAAGGAAAAUGAAGCUUUGCAGCAGAAAUCCAACACAUCCGAGAUAAAACUGCAUGAGGUGGAGGAACAGUUGCUUCAUGAAAUCAAGAGAAAUGAAGAAUAUGCAUGUCAGGUGGAGCAGCAGAGAAAAGAUAUCGCACUGCAAAAAGUAAAGUACGAAGACCUGCUGUCUACCCUUAAUGAACUGCAGUCUGAGAAGAAGGUUGUUGAAGAGCAGCUGGAGAAUGGAUCCUUGAAAGUGAAGUCUAUCGAAUCAAAUGUGAAGAUGAAUGAAGAGAAGGUGAUGAAGCUCCAAAAACAAAUUCAAAAUUUGGAUGAAGAAAACCAAUAUUUACGAGAGGAACUGAACACCAUUAAGACCAAGCAUCAGGAGAAAUGUGGCGAAACUAAGAUUUUACAGCAGAAAAUUGAAGAAACUUGUAAAAAUUUGAUGGAGAAAAUUACAGAAAAAGAAAACUGGGUCAAAAAUGCAGAAGAGCAGCUAUGCAAUCUCAGGACUGAAUUAGAAGCCAAAAACAAAGCUCAGGAUGGGUAUCAGAAAAGGAAUAAAAUGCUGAAGAAAAAAAUUGCAGAGGAGAUGACAAAAUCCAUUCAACUUCAAAAGGAGAUUAACAUUCUCCAAGAGGAGUCCCAGUACUUAAAAAGACAGCUUGAGGAAGACCAUCAGAAAUUGUUUAAGGAGCUGGAGUCCAAAAAAACCUGUGCAGCAGAGCUGCAGAAAGAGAUAGAAGAGCUCAAAUCUUCAGUGGGAGAAGCCAUCAAGAACAAAGGAGAAGCAGAGCUCAAGUGUCAGCAUAAGAUAGCAGAUAUGGUUGCACUAAUGGAAAAACACAAGAACCAGUAUGACAGAAUGCUUGAGGAAAAGGAUGCAGAGCUUGACCAGAACAAGAAAAAAGAGAUGGAGGCUGUUGCUCAGAGAACUUCAAUGGAGCUGGAGCUCUCACAGUGUAAGAUGGAAAGUGAUCAUCUGACGAAACAGCUGAAAGCCGAAAUGACAGAGAAGGAAAACCUACAAAAGGAACUGAAUGAUUUGAAAAAAGAAAUUUCUGUAAAACCCAUCCAACCUUUGGAAGAAAGAAACAAGCAGAUAUCUGCACCAGAAUGCACACCAGUGAAAUGUUUAGAGACAUCUGCAAAGAGGUAUGUGUUUGACUUCUACAAGACAAGGAAAACUCCAUCCUACAGCAAAGAUGAUGGAAGUUCUGCAUAUAACAAGACUGAAACUCUUAAUGAGAACCUGAAAAUUACUGGAAAUACAAGUGACUCUGCGUUAAAGAUCAAAUCCUAUAGAAUAAGAACACCUCCUUCCAAUGGAAAAACACAGUCAUGGGAGAAGGCCAUGAUUCAGUUUGACCCCAAGUCUGACAGCUCUGAUCAGAGUGACAUUUUGGGUUUUGCAGAUACACCAGUUCCCAGUUAUUCUGCACCAAGCUGCAAAAGUAACAUUGUCAAAAAGCUCCUGAGCCCAGUCACCCAGAAAUCACCAGGAAAUUCAUUGAAACUAGCUGCAGUGAAGAGGAUGAGAGAUGCUGGUUGGACAGCCGUUACAGGCACUGACAAAAAAAAGAAGAAGAAUGAAAAAAUCUUUGCCUAG